CAAGCUUGUUGUUGCAUGACUGAAGAGAAGUUAGUCGCAGCCUUGCUUUUACUCUGUGAACACGGGCAUUUUAAUUACUGUGUAGUAUUCGACGCUUGGUUAAAGUGGUUUCGUGUCCUCUUUUUCCAGGUCUUUUUCACUACCAGAAUGUCUCAAGAUAUUGUUCAGAUGCCAGUGGAAAAAAAGUACGGGCGGGAUCAUGAGUACUUCACAGCAGAAGCCGUCAUGAACCUGUUCGUUUUGGGAGUAAUCUUCCUCGCCAUUUCACUCGCCGGGUUCAUCGCCUCUACUACCUAUUGUACUGUUAGACAAGGCGGUACUUGGGUCAACACGUGUAUAUUCGAAACCAGGGCGUCUCUUGGUAUCGGUGCGGCCGCUGCGUCGGCAGGAGUUAUCUUCAUUAUUGCCGGCUGCGUGGGACUUACGAAAAGGGGUGUUUUUGAGGAAAAAUAAAUGGUUUUACAUCUGUUCGAGGGAACUAUGUGAUCAUUCAUACAAUUUAUGUACAAUAAAUGUUUAAUAUGC